AUGAAACCCCAAUUGCUAAUACCAAGCAUUCUCUGCCUAAUAUUUUCCUGUCAAUUUGCUCUAGCCGUCUAUGCUCCAUUAGUGUUAUCGUCAACAAAGCUAAUUAGGGGCUUCACCAAGAAUAUUGAAAACCCUAGACCUAACCCUUUCCCACUAUCCAGAGCCGAAAUAUUAAUACGGAAAUUGGUUAAGAAAUGUUCUUCGGACGCUUACAUUUUGAUCAACCAGCCAGGGUUAACUUAUGAUGAUUUUAAAGUCAAUGAUCACAAAAUCUUUUUCAACCUUCAAUCAAAAUUGAACGAAGACUCGGUAGUGACCAGUUUCCCAUAUGUUGAGAAUGGAAUAUCUUUUGAAAAAAUCACCAAACAGAUCCUAUCAGCUUGUGAAGAUAUCGAAGUGAUCAGAAUCAACGUGGAAGAUGAAGAAGAAUUGCGUGAGGGCCACCAAUUGCCAAGAUACAAAGAUACAAAACCAAGAGUCAUCAUCUUGAACUUGCCUAAGCUACCGACCCACGGGGAUAUCGAAUACAGAAAUAAAAUGAUUCAUGAGAAUGACAAAUACAUUAGGAAAGUGUUGCAACGGAUCCCUUCGCCAUAUCUUUCAUUUAUCUUUACUUCUUUGGACACCACCAUCAACGACGAAGCAUUUCUCUCGAAUCAUCCUAAAAACAUGGGGGUUCCAUUGUCAAGUUUCAAAAAAAUCUCUAGAACUUUUGAUCCAAUGAGCUGGUUGACCAACGACGAACGGAGAUUGAAAGAAGAACCAAUAUUUAGAGAGAUUGAUUUCACGGUGGCGAAGAACGAUGAUAACAUCCAGCGCAAGAACAAGUACGAGCAAUGGAUGGAGGAUUUGAAGAAUGAAGAAAAUGAAAUUAGACUAAUUUCCCCGGAAUUCUACAGUGAAAAUAAGGGGUUGGUUGCGGUGUUAGGGUUGGUUUUUGUAGGGUUUUUAAUGUACAUUGCCAUCAUCACCGUGCGGAGUAUUGUUUUGGAGCUCAAGACUUUGCUUUGGAAAAGAUCUGUCAAGGCACAGAAAUCAAAGCAAAAGAAGAAUAAAUGA